GCACACAAAUGGCAAUCCACUUUUACUCAGCAGUGAGUUUGGAAUUUCGUAACUAUGGUUGAAAAAGUUAUCUAAGGCACUAAUCGUUUUAUCUGGAGAUUAGUCGACCGCGGAAGUUUGGGUGUUUGUGCUGCAAAUUUGUCUCGCAUAAGCUACGUAUUUAUCAGGAGAACUUAGUUUUCCCCGUGCACCGUGACGGUGCACGACUGCAUUGUUGCGAGUUGCGAGUGCACCGCGGUUGCAACACGAGAUCUCUCUUUCUUUCUUCGAAACUUGCGCAGCAGCGUUCGCACCUAUCCUGCACCAUGGAAAACCGUGAUGGUGAAGCGCCAGCCGUGCCCAUUCCGCCCAAAGAGAACACGGGCGCACAGAAAGCCAAGAAGCUGACGGUGGGAAUCAUUCUGGUGUUCCUAAUCGCGCUGUCGCAGGUGGGCGCCAGCCAGUUCGCCAAAUCCACGUACCAGCCCGGUUUCCAUGCUCCCUUCUUCAUCACCUGGUUUAACGCGGUUUGGAUGAUCAUCUGCUAUCCGCUGUACUUUCUAUGCGCCGCGGUUAGCUGCACACGCAAAGAGACGCUGGCGACUAUCUACAAGGGUUCUCUGGAUGUAUUUGGGGAAGGUGGUCUAACAUUGGCGAAAUGGGUGAAGCUAGCGGGAUUAUUUUCGUUUUUGGCGGUGGGCACGAAUUAUUCCUACCUCCGCGCCUUAAACUUCGCCAAUCCUUCGGAUGUGACAGCCAUCUUCGCAUCCAAUUCCGCCUUUGUAUUCCUGCUCAGCUGUCUUAUUCUCGGCGCACAGAUCGUGUCUCUGAAGAUUAUCGCGGUUAUCUUGGCCAUCGUGGGAAUUGUCUUGUUCUCGUACUCUGAUGGAUUCUCGGUGAUGACGUUUACCAGUGUCGGUUUGGCGGUUUUGGCUGCCUUUGGAGCGGCUCUCUACAUCGUGCUGUUUAAGAAAGUGGUAGGCAAUGCCAAACCCCAUCAGGUGUCGCUCUUCCUGAGCACCGUGGCCUCUUUUACCUUGCUGAUGUAUUGGCCCAUGCUGCUCAUUCUGCACUAUUCUGACACGGAGAUUAUCAGCGGAGAUGUUCCGUGGAAGUUUAUCGGUGGUUCCUGUGCGCUGAGCAUCGUGUUCAACUUUUUGAUUAAUUAUGGGACGGCGUACACGUAUCCGCUGUUUAUUGCGUUUGGCGGGAUUGUGGGUGUUCCGCUCAAUCACGUGGCCGAUUGGUUAUUCCGCUCCAACAAAUUCGACGCUCUUAAAAUUGCCGGCACGUUGCUCAUUAUUGCGGCCUUUGUCAUUAUGGUGACACUUCCGGCGCAUAUCGACAAAGAAUUCUACGCUUGGGUUACACGGUUGGCCAAGCGCAAUCGACAUCAGGCCACGGCUGCAGCGCCACAGGAGCACGCUGCACCGGAAGAAGUGCAGGCUCUGCGGAGCGAUGCCGCAGAGGUGGAAAUGCUGGAUCGAGAGACGCAUGAAUCCCCAAAAGAAUCGUGAGGAAGACUGUUUGUCAACCUUCCGUCCACUGCACUUUGGAUGCGGACAACGGUGAUCUCAGUUAGGGUUUUGUGGGUUGUCAAUAGUGAUUUCAUGUUUUUUUUAACGACAACGAAUUAACGAUACUGCACUCGUAUUUUGCGGUGAGAUUAAUUUUUUACCUGUUGUUUUCUUUAUUGAAAAUAAUCACUACUCAGUACUGGUGUCAGCGGUGUUUAAAAUGGAUGAAUCAAUGGUGUGCGACUUAGCCAGUGCAAUGUGUAGCCAGUUGCACAGUGCACACAGACCUGGAUGUAUAGAUACGGCAUUAAAUUACAUAAGUA